AGUUUGGGGAGUGUUGGCCUGAACAGUGUGAAAGGGAAAGCCAGAGGAGGGACAUUCCUUUCUGUCUGAAAACUCCCCCUCCUCUGGGAACGCUCCCACCAGCCAAACAGCAGGGCAUGUAACAGAAAGCCUGGGCAGAAAGGCCCGAUAAAUGCACAGGACGGAAGCACCCUGGAAGAAGCAUGGGUUUUUAUUUUUUUACUCAACAAUCCCAGUUUUACACAUGCACAGGUGUGGGAGAUAGCAAACGGUUGACUCCUGUCUGUGCCCAGCACUUCCAGGCAGAGGGUCAGCGUGCAUGGGGUGGGGGGUCUUAUUUCGUGACUUUGUUUCUUGCACAGUUUCAGUCUCCUGCAAGGGAACUGCAGCAUACUGGGAAAUUGUUACUCACUGGGAAACAGAUCUCAUCGCCGUCAAAGGAAAGAAGGCGGCGGCUGUUGUUUGGUUCUGUGAGGUCAGAAUUCUCGUUUACUCUGUUCGUCGCCUGUUUUCUUCUUGUUUUAAGCUUGCUGUUAAACCUGAGCACUGUUCAGCUGAGCACAGUGUCACUGUUCUCCAUCCCCUGGAGGCGGAGCUUCCCCUCCCCUGGCAGUCUUUGCUUCUGUUGGUUCUUAUGGCAUUGUCUGCAGACAGGUCUCCCUCCACACCCGUUUUUCUUUUCUUUUUGAGAUUGUAAUUGUGCCAUUUCUUCCCAAUCCCUCUCCUCCAUCCAAACAUGCCCAUACACAGCUCUUCCUCUGUUUCAAAUCCGAGUUCUUUUUCAUUAGUCAUUUCUACAUGCAUGUAUGUUUAUAUACGUUAUAUGCACAUAUCACUACUUGAGGCUGUUCAUCGACUUUGUCACUGUGGUCAGCACCUUCUCUGGGAGCUGAAACUAUGUCUUGUAGUCUCUCAGUGGGCACCUCCCUAGAGUCCACCCACUUCUUGAAGUAGGAUCAGAAGGGACCCCUGAUGUCACUUUGGAACAGAGUUAUGUGUCUCCUUCCUGCUGAGUAGUUUUCACCAUGCGGGAGGUUGCCUCUGCGGUAGACAAGUUAUCAGGAUCUUACUGCCGUGGACUCUGCAUGCUACAAAAAUUACCUGCCAGGCAAGGUGAACCCAUUGGUACAACAGUGGCAUACAUACUACGGUAGUGACUACCACUUUUGAUUCAAUUUGAGGGAAUUUACAGGUAGUGCUGCAAAACAUGCACUUCCGGUGCAGGGUCCGUACUGCUCCCUCCCCCAAAGUGACUCACAGACCGCGGUUUGAUGCAAAAGCAAGAGGCAGUUUAUUCCGAUCGAAAUGGGGGUCGUCCCUUCAAAGCAGGAGACGACCCCGAGCAUACAAAGCACAGAGUUUUUAUUUCAGGCCUUUACAUUGAUUAGUUAGCAGAAAAGAUAGCAGUUAUGCGUUUGGCAGCUAUAGCGGGGAGCUCACAGCUCCAAGGACAGUCCUCCCCUCUUCUCCCAUCUCUUGGUUCCGUAGCAGGCCGCUUACAGCUUUAAGGACAGUCCUCCCCUAAAUUGCCUGACUUUCUCUUUCUUUUUAGCUGGCCCUUAUUCAAGGUCCAGUUGUUUUUCUUUUUAAUUUGGGAUGGUCCCAUUUCUCAGUGCUAUAAACCUGGCCAACCCUUCCCAUGUUUAGGAUGGCUAUGGGCUCCAGGGGAGGAUGUUUUGUUGGUUUGCUAAAUGCAAGUGGAAUCAAACUGCCUUGUGAGUGUUUGUGUUCAUGCCAUUAGUUCAGCACUGUUGUCCGUCUCAGUCAGGCAACUUUCUUUCUGCAGUAGUUACAAGUUGAUGCAGGACUUGGAAUUUGUCCAAAUGUUGAUAAUAAAUUACUACUGAGUGCUCAAACUUGGUGGGUCAUCUGUCUCCCUCCAUGCCAAGGCUCAUGGAAUGUUGUGGAUGAGGGGUGGUCCCAGUGUGAGAGCCAGAGCUGUGUAAUGCCAUCUUCUGGACAUGGCAAUGCCAUUCGCUCACAAACUUGCUGUGUGUAGAGUCACCUGCACAAGAUGGAGCUUGCCAGCAUUUUAGCAUAGACGGGGGUGGGCAUACAAGGCCACUCCUGGCUAAGAGCCCUCGGGGGGGGGGGGUAGCCAAUCCUAGUUAUAGUAAAUAACUCUGAAAUUGUGCCCAUGCAAGGAACCCUACUUAAGCCGAGUGGGUUUCUUUAAGUCAUGAGAAAGAGGAGUUCCAGAAGGGUAUCAGGAAGAUAAAACAUUCUAGAGACAGGGAGAGGGAGCUAGUUGAGAGGAAUGGAGGCACAUAUCAUUAAAGUGCAUUGUAUGUGUGAAGAGUUUAAUUUAGCCAGAAUAUAACUCCAUUUUGAAAUAAAGAUUUUGACUGGGAACUGAAUUCAGGUACCAGGAAAUAUCACAGAGUGUACACCUGGCAGAAAACAAAGUUAACUCUCCUAGCAACAGCCUACAGGAAAUAUAAUAGAAUAAAUGCUUCAUAGAAAAUAGAAACUCCCUGGCAAUAAUCAAUGGGAAUCGGUUAAAAAUCGGGUGGGAAAAUUCUCCCCAAUGUUUCAGAUAUGGUUUAGAAAAAUAGCCAUUGUGAUUAUAUGCCUCAGAAAAGGUCACCCCGCCCUGCUAAACUUCACCCAAUUCGGUAACGCCAAGGCUUGUGCCCCCCUGCUUGCUGCCAUGGAAACCCCCUGCUCACAGACUUUCCCUUUAAAAAUCCUGUUCACUCAGAGCUCGGGGUCCCACUUCUCUACUGCUGCGCCAGUGAGACUUGGGUCCCGAGUUCGAUCGCUCUCGUAAUAAAGCUCUCUUGCAAUUGCAUCGAGUCAUCUCCUGGUGGUCUCUGAGGGUCCCGUGAACCUGGCAUAACAUUUGGGGGCUCGUCCGGGAUGCCUCGGGAUCUCUAGGACUCCUGACCCGGAGAGCUUAGUCCCGCAGGUAAGUGUAAUGUCUUCUAUGUUGUCUGUCUGCUUUAAAUGUUUGUUUGCCUUUAUUCUUUGUUUCUUUUCCUGAAAAGCCUCGAGGUGCUUACGGGAGCAGCCAGAUUAGGUAUGACAGACGUGUUGGGGCCUAGGCUGUGGGGACUUCAAAAGACAUUUUGAUGUCCUGGAAUUUCUGCCUCCUUGGGACCCCUGGGAUAGGGGGACUGGAGUGAGGAUCUGUUUCUGCCUCUGGAGUGAGGAUUGGUUUCCUGGAACUUCUGUGGCAGAGAAGUCCAGGUUUUGUCUGUUUCUGCCUCCUCGGAACCCCUGGGAUAGGGGGACUGGUGUGAGGAUCUGUCUUUACCUCCUCGGAACUCCUGGGAUAGGGGAACUGGAGUGAGGAUCAGUUUUCUGGAACUUCUGUGGCAGAGAAGUCCAGGUUUUCAGUGUUACUUGGUUUCUGCGUGUGAUUAAUUGUUUUUCCCCCCUGUUGGUGUUGUGCCCGGACUUACUGUUUAAUUUUUGUGAUUAAUUGUUUGUGGUUUUGUGUCUACUUGAGAGUGCUUGAUUUUACUUUUGUUCAAAACUGCAGCUGUUUUCGUUUCUCUGAUUUCCCAUGAUGUUAGCCCGGGUAUAGGCUGUAAGUUGUUGCCUUUGGUUUCAUUUUUGUCUGAGACGGCCGGUUCUUUUUGUGCAUGAGUGAUUUACUAUUUGCUGAAAUUGUUCUCCUUACUUCUUCUGCUUUCUCUUGAAUUCUCUUGACGAAUAGACUGACUGACAAUAUGGGACAGACUACUUCCAAACCCCUUGACUUGAUUCUGACUCAUUUUGGAGAGGUUAAAGCUAGAGCUCACGGUCUUUCAGUUGAUGUGAGAAAAGGAAAAAGGAUGACUUUUUGCAGCUCAGAAUGGCCCACCUUCAAUGUGGGCUGGCCACCAGAAGGAACCUUCCACCUUCCCACCGUCUUAGCAGUGGAAGAUAAAGUUUUUCAGAAAGCAUGCGGGCACCCAGAUCAGGUGCCAUAUAUUGUAGUUUGGAAGAACCUGGUGACUCAUCCACCUCCAUGGAUUAAGCCCUUUCUGAUUCCCACUAACAAUUCUCCUUCCAUAAAAUCUCCAGAACCAGAGGUCACUGCUCUGAUGACUGAGACCAAGAAAAAAGACCCCAAAGGUGCCCCUUCAACUCCCUCUGCUCCCCUUCACCCUAUUUUACAGGAUGGAACUCCAGAGGAAGCCAUUUUUCCACCCCCUCCAUAUAGACCUCCUCCCACCCCUCAACCAGCUCCUUCAGUGCUAGACACUUUACCACCAUCUGGCCCGGCGCAGAGGACCCGGAGCUUCCGGGCAGCCUCUCCUUCUGAAGUGACAGAGGCAUAUUCUAUUGUCCUUCCCCUACGGGCCACAGGACCACCAGAUGAUAAUGGCAAUCAACCUCACCAUUAUUGGCCUUUUGCCACAUCAGAUCUUUAUAACUGGAGAACUCAGAAUGCCAAGUUCUCUGACAACCCUAGAGAUUUGAUUGAUCUCCUUGAAACUGUUCUUUUCACCCAUCAGCCCACCUGGGAUGAUUACCAGCAGCUUUUACAGGUUUUGUUUACCACAGAGGAGCGGGGACGUAUUAUUUCAGAGGCACGAAAAAAUGUCCCAGAUGCUACAGGAAUUCCAACUACAAAUCAAGCCUGUAUUGAUGAUUAUUUUUCCUACAGGAGGCCCAACUGGGAUUACAACACGGCUAAAGGUAAGGAGCAUCUCCUAGUCUACCGUCAGGCUCUGUUGGCAGGUCUCAAAGCGGCUGCAAGACGGCCCACUAAUUUGGCCAAGGUAUAUGAUGUCAGGCAGGGAAUGGAUGAAAGCCCAGCCGCCUUCCUGGAGAGAAUUAGUGAAGCCUUUCGCAGAUAUACACAUGUAGAUCCAGAAAAGCCUAAACAUACAGGUACAGUUGCUUUGGCUUUCAUUAACCAGUCUACUCCAGACAUUAAAAAAAAAUUGCAGAAACAGGAAAGAAUAGGACAGAUGACAUUGCAAGAUUUGGUUCAGAUAGAGUGUAUAAUAACACUCUGAGAGAGUGUAUAAUAACAGGGACAGCUCUGAGGAAAAGCAGUUAAAAACGGGAAAGGCUUUAAACCGGGAUCUGGCACAAGUCCUCUUGGCCAACAAUGUUUCGGACCCCAGAGAAAGGAGGCACCAACUUCAGUGGAUAGCUCAAGACAAAGGACCCAAGGGACGAAGCAAACCACCACUGGGUAAGAACCAAUGUGCAUACUGCAAGAAGGAAGGACAUUGAGCUAAAAACUGCCCUCAUAAGGGACCCAGGUCCCAAACUAAGGUCCUGGCUUUGGGGGAAAACUGAGGGGGACGGGGUUCGGAUCCCCUCCCCGAACCUAGGGUAACUCUGAGAGUGGAGGGGAAACCUUUGGACUUUUUAGUAGAUACUGGAGCUCAGCAUUCAGUGCUCCUGAAACCUGAAGGACCAGUCUCAUCAAAAAGGUCUUGGGUCCAAGGGGCCACUGGUAUGAAACAAUAUUCAUGGACUACCCGAAGAAUGGUGGACUUAGGAAAGGGCCGGGUAACCCAUUCAUUCAUGGUAAUUCCAGAGUGUCCUUAUCCCCUGUUGGGGAGGGACCUGCUUACCAAAAUGAAAGCUCAAAUUCAUUUCAAAUCAGAAGGGCCUCAGCUAUUAGAUGAAAAAGGCAACUCAAUACAGGUGUUGACUCUAAAUUUAGCCUCUUAGGCGGAAUAUAGAUUGUUUGAAGAGCCAAUUACCCCCUUAAGUGACUUGCAGACAUGGCUGGCACGAUAUCCCCAAGCCUGGGCAGAAACUGGAGGAAUGGGAUUGGCAAAACACCGACCCCCAGUGUUUGUUGAACUCAAGUCUGGGGCAGAUCCCGUUCGAAUACGUCAAUAUCCCACGCCCCAAGAGGCUCGAAAGGGGAUAACUCCUCACAUUCGAAAACUACUGGCUGAGGGUGCUUUAAGGCCAUGCCAGUCAGCCUGGAAUACUCCCUUACUACCAGUAAAAAAGCCUCAUACAAAUGACUAUCGCCCUGUCCAGGAUUUGAGGGAAGUCAACAAGCGAAUAAUGGAUAUACAUCCAACAGUGCCUAAUCCUUAUACUCUUCUGAGUUCUUUGUCACCUGAGCAGACUUGGUAUACGGUAUUAGAUUUAAAAGAUGCUUUCUUCAGCUUAUUAUUAGCCCCCAAGAGCCAAAAAUAUUUUGCCUUUAAAUGGAAUGACCCCGAGAGAGGGAUAAAUGGACAAUUGACAUGGACUCGUUUGCCACAAGGAUUUAAAAACUCUCCCACCAUCUUUGAUGAAGCCCUCCAUGAAGAUCUGGAUGAAAACAAAGGAGUGGCAAAAGGGGUGCUGACACAAACGUUGGGGCCUUGGAGAAGACCAAUAGCAUACCUGUCUAAGAAACUUGAUCCUGUGGCUGCUGGAUGGCCACCAUGCCUUCGAAUCAUUGCAGCAACUGCACUUCUGGUUAAGGACGCAGAUAAAUUGACACUGGGCCAAAAUCUGAUUGUAACCACCCCCCAUGCCAUAAAAGGGAUACUUAAACAACCACCCGAUCGAUGGUUAAGUAAUGCCCGUAUGACUCAUUAUCAGACUUUGUUAAUUAAUCCUGGUUGAGUCAUUUUUCAGCCCCCUGCCUCCUUGAAUCCAGCAACCCUCCUGCCGGACCCGGAUUUGGAACAGCCUCUGCAUCAAUGUGAAGAAAUUUUGGCCUGAGCACAUGGCAUUCGUGAGGACCUUAAGGAUACACCCUUGCAAAAUGCUGACCACACUUGGUUCACAGAUGGAAGCAGCCUCAUCCAUGAGGGUCAGAGGAGGGCAGGUGCAGCAGUAACAACUGAGACUGAGGUAAUAUGGACUCAACCUCUUCCUCCAGGAACAUCUGCCCAAUGGGCUGAAUUAAUAGCCUUGACCCAAGCUCUGACUAUGGGCAAAGGGCUGGCUAUCAAUGUAUAGUCAUUAUGCCUUUGCCACCGCCCACCUACAUGGAGCUAUAUAUCAGGAGAGGGGACUCCUCACAGCAGAAGGAAAAACCAUCAAAAAUAAGGAGGAGAUCCUUUGGCUCCUAAAAGCCUUAUGGCUUCCCAAAAAGCUAGCCAUUAUUCAUUGCCCUGGACAUCAGAGAAAUAAUACUAAGAUAGCAGUGGGAAAUAACCUUGCUGACAGAACAGCCAAAAGUGUUGCACUCCAGGAAACAACUGAUGUUUUGGCUGCUAUACUACCAGAACCACCUGAUCCAAACUUACCAAAUGCACCCUGGUACACAAAAGAGGAGAUUCAAUGGGCAAAAAACCAGCCUAUGAGUCAAUGCUUAGAAGGAUGGUGGCACUCAUCUGAGGGUAAGUUAAUCCUGCCAAACUCUCUAGCCAGAACAAUCCUUAAAAAGAUUCACAGAGUUACCCACAUGGGAUCUAAGAGAAUGGCAGAUGCUGUCCGUCAAUCAAAAGUAACAUUCCGGGACAUACAUAAGACUAUAGAUGACAUUGUGACUAACUGCAAAGCUUGUCAACUGACUAAUGCCACCAACCAAUCACAACAUCCAGGGACCCGACUUCGAGGUAAGAGACCUGGGGCUUAUUGGGAAGUUGAUUUCACAGAAAUCAAACCUGGAAAAUAUGGCUACAAAUAUCUGCUGGUGUUCGUGGAUACCUUCUCAAGAUGGACUGAAGCCUUUCCCACCAAAGAUGAGACUGCCCAGAUUGUGGCAAAGAAAUUAUUGGAGGACAUUCUGCCCAGGUAUGGCUUUCCUCACAUGAUAGGGUCAGAUAAUGGACCAGCAUUUGUGUCCAAAGUAAGUCAGAAUGUAGCUAAGUUUAUUGGGGCAGAUUGGAGAUUGCAUUGUGCAUAUAGGCCCCAAAGUUCAGGACAGGUAGAGAGAAUGAAUAGAACAUUAAAAGAGACCUUAACUAAAUUGACCUUGGAGACUGGCGCUGACUGGGUGAUGCUCCUCCCCUUUGCCCUCUAUAGGGUCAGGAAUUCCCCUUACCAGCUAGGUUUAACUCCCUUUGAGAUUUUGUAUGGGAUGCCAGCUCCUAUAAUACCCAACCUUAAGACUGAUGCUAUUGCUGAAAUGGAUGAAGAUGACUUACUUUUUCGGGUCAAAGCCACCCAGUGGGCUCAUAAACAUGUUUGGCCUAAACUACGUGCUCUUUAUGAAGCAGGCCCAGUACCAGAGCCACACAAAUUCCGGCCCGGAGAUUGGGUAUUCGUGAAACGGUUUCGUCAGAAUACACUGGAACCUAGAUGGAAAGGACCCUACAUCAUCUUAUUGACCACUCCUACGGCUAUCAAGGUUGACGGGAUUGCUGCUUGGAUCCAUUACUCACACGCUCGGCCAGCUAACCCGUUCUCCGUCCCAGAGGAUUAUUUGACUCCAGCGGCUCCAGAAUGGAAGGUCUCCAAGGACAACGCCAACCGCUCAAGCUAAAGUUACAGCGUUCCUCCAAUUAAUAACUAUAACUUUAAGUCUCUUUCAGAAUCAGGCAGCCCAUAAUCCACAUCAACCCCUAAAUUUAACUUGGAGCGUUAUCCAUUCAGCUACAGGAGAAAUUAUGAGUUCAACAUCUAAGGUAGCCCCUUGAGGAACCUAGUGGCCCAAUCUCCAGUUUGACCUGUGCCAACUGGCUAAGAGGGAUCAAGAUAUGGAUACACAUUUUAAAAAACUGGUUUGUAUUGGAGGUGGAGGCUGCUUCAUGAGGCCAUUCUCCUUCCCCAGAGAGCCAGGCUGUGGACACAUGACACAAAGGAUGGCCUUGCGAGAUACCCCCUUCUAUGUGUGCCCUGGGGAAGGGAGAUCAAAAUAUGGGGUUAGCACCUGUGGCGAAGCAGAUACAUUUUUCUGUUCAAGCUGGGGGUGUGAAUCCACAGGCAUUGUGCCCUGGCGUCUCCCAGAGAAUGACCUGAUUUCAGUUUCAAGAACGGACCUAAGUGCUAAUCCACUACUUAAAAAAUGCCAAAGCCUAUUUUGUAAUCUGGUACUGAUAAACUUCACUGACAAAGGUAAAGCCUUCCACUCCUGGGAAACUGGGAGAACCUGGGGUCUUAGGCUAUACCAGACUGGAUAUGAUCAUGGAUUCAUUUUUACAAUCAAAUUGCAAGUCACACCACCCAGUACCAUUGACCACCCUGUGGCUAUGGGACCUAAUGAUGUCCUAGCGCCUAGGCCGGCACCUCCAAAGCCAAAUCCUACAAUGGCUCCAGCCCCCGCAAACACUAAGGCUCCAGUUAGUUCCACCUCAAUAAAGCCCCCUUCAGACCCUAAUGACCCCCUUUGGUUAAUGCUGCUGAAUACUUUCCAGAUUUUAAAUGCAUCUCAACCAGAACUUACUUCUUCCUGCUGGUUAUGUUAUGAUGUUAGGCCCCCUUAUUAUGAGGGAAUAGCACUCAUUGAUAGUUAUAUUAUUGGGGAGGCCAAGGACUGUAGAUGGCAGCAGAAAGGACACGCCCGAAUGACUUUACAAUCUAUAAAAGGGCAAGGUGUCUGCCUAGGAAAAGUACCAGCUCCUUUUCAAAAAUUAUGCAACAAAACUGAGAGAGUAACUGCCUCAGAUGAUAAAUACCUGAUUCCUCCCCCUGAGGGAUGGUGGGCCUGUGGAUCAGGGCUGACUCCCUGUGUUAAUGGCAAAAUAUUGUCUGAUCAUAAUGAUUAUUGUGUUUUAGUUCAAUUAGUACCCCGGCUGAUUUAUCACUCACAAGAAGAGGUUCUUAGCCAAUAUGAUGAUGAAAAAGUUCCCCCCCCAAAAAAGAGAGCCAGUCACUGCCGCAACUUUAACUGUUCUAUUGGGACUGGGAUUGACAGGUGCUGGGACAGGUAUUUCAUCUUUAGUGAUGCAAAAUCAGUAUUACAAUAAGUUAAGGGAAUCAAUCGAUGCAGACAUUAAGCAAUUUGAAAACUCAAUUACUUAUUUACAGGAGUCAUUAUCCUCACUGGCUGAAGUGGUGUUACAGAAUAGAAGAGGUCUAAACGUUAUAUUUACAGCAAGGAGGAUUAUGUGCAGCACUAGGGGAAGAAUGUUGCUUCUAUGUGGAUCAUUCAGGGAUAGUAAAAAACUCUAUGACUAAAAUAAGAAAGGGACUAGAAGAAAGAAAAAAACAAAGAGAGGCAAGCCAAAGCUGGUUUAAAACUUGGUUUGAUGCCUCCCCAUGGCUUACUACUUUAAUUUCUACCUUGCUAGGGCCCCUUCUUAUUUUUUUGCUCUUAAUCACUGUUGGACCAUGCAUACUUAAUAAAUUGUUGGGAUAUAUUAAACAAAGACUUGGAAUUAUACAAUUAAUGGUAAUGAGGUCCCAAUACCAACAACUUGGAGAUGACCUUGAACUGUAAGAGCCCAAGAUUGGCCUCUUCAGUUACAUGGAAAGGGGGAAAUGAAGAGUUUAAUUUAGCCAGAAUAUAACUCCAUUUUGAAAUAAAGAUUUUGACUGGGAACUGAAUUCAGGUACCAGGAAAUAUCACAGAGUGUACACCUGGCAGAAAACAAAGUUAACUCUCCUAGCAACAGCCUGCAGGAAAUAUAAUAGAAUAAAUGCUUCAUAGAAAAUAGAGACAAACUCCCUGGCAAUAAUCAAUGGGAAUCGGUUAAAAAUCGGGUGGGAAAAUUCUCCCCAAUGUUUCAGAUAUGGUUUAGAAAAAUAGCCAUUGUGAUUAUAUGCCUUAGCCAUUGUGAUUAUAUGCCUCAGAAAAGUCACCCCGCCCUGCUAAACUUCACCCAAUUCGGUAACGCCAAGGCUUGUGCCCCCCUGCUUGCUGCCAUGGAAACCCCCUGCUCACAGACUUUCCCUUUAAAAAUCCUGUUCACUCAGAGCUCGGGGUCCCACUUCUCUACUGCUGCGCCAGUGAGACUUGGGUCCCGAGUUCGAUCGCUCUCGUAAUAAAGCUCUCUUGCAAUUGCA